AUGAAUUCUUUAUUAUUCAUCUUUAAAUUUACAUUAACUUUUGUUACUUUUUCUUUGGCACAUUUACCUUAUAAAAUGGUUUGUAGUAUUAUUUGUGCUUUGUUAGCAAUUUUACCAGCUUUUUCAAAUAUGAUUGUUUGGCUUCCUGCUGGUUUAGUAUUAUUUUUCCAAGGGAAUACUACAGGAAUGAUAUGGUUUAUAAGUGUUCAUGCGGUGACAUAUUUUAUUAUUGAUGGAUGGUUCUACUCAUUUAUUCCAGAUAUUAUUCCUUAUUUUGUUGGUUUGAGCGUAGUGUUUGGAGUAUAUGUAUUUGGUAUUACUGGAUGCGUUUUAGGUCCGUUAGUCUUUGUUAUGACUAUGACAUUAAAAGAUAUUUUUAUUCUUCAAAACCAACGUCUCAAACAAAAGAUAAAACAAGACUAG